UCUUAUUCAAUCACUCUCUUUUCACUUUCUUCUCAUAUUUUUUUUUUCAAUUUUCUCUAUAUCUCUGAAUAACCUCGUGUACUAUCUAUAUUCUAAUCAUAUUCGCUCCCCCCAAAACGAAAAUUCCCCCCACACCACACCAAAUGUCAACAUAACAAACUAAUUCGAAAGUAGCUAGGUAUAUUCUCGAAUCCAUGAAGUUUUUCAUCUUUCUUCAUUCAUUCGUCGUCGUUUGUGAACUGUUCGUCGCCGUCGUAGCUGGUUCAUUACAGAAGAUACUUUUCGUUUAUAAGUUCAUUCCGGAAUUCGAUUUUUCGGUUGAAAACUCAAGAAAAAAUAACUAAAAAAACAAGAAAAGCAUUUUUCCUCUCUCAUUUGCAAGUUAGAUUUUUUUAGGAAAAACCAAAAAGAUUUUCUCCCUCCCUCUCAUUUUUUUCUCUUAUCAAAUGUCAUUGCACCAAUUUUCCACGAAAAUAAUUUUGGUGUGGUAAAAAGCAAUAAAAAAAAAUCGUUACUUUACUCGGCUGUGGUGUUGUGGGGUUAUUUAAUAAAAAAAAAAGAUCUACUACAAUUUUAACUUCCGUAUUUAAUAGUUUUUUUUAGCAAAAACACCGUAAAAAUCUUUUUUACUGUGAAUUAAGUGAAAAUAAAGUAAAAAUUUAUUAAGAAAAAUGUAUACAGUGUCAAAGGGCCCAAGUAAAAUUGUUGCAAAAACACGACGAGGUUUGGCGCAAAAUUAUGAAAAAUUUGAAACUAUUAAAGAAAGUGGUAAAAAGACCUCAGAUCUUCAAAGUCCUGAAGCCUACGUGCCCAAAGCAGUGUUUCAAACGUCAAAAAAAUCCAACCUGCAUAGCAUGAAACCAACAGAAGAAGAAGUUCUCACCCCGCAACACGAAGAAAUCAUUCAAUACAUAAAUGAAUCGUGGAAUAACAUAAUUGUGGCAGAUAACCCUUAUGACACAAACUCAACUGAUUCAAAUAAUUAUUCUGCGCCAUCAUCCUUGUCAUCGGUGGCGUCAUCAGCGUCUUCGUCACCUCUAGCGCCUUCAUCACCUGCGCCAGUUUACUGUGUCGAACCACCAAGUCCAGUGCUCAGUGAUUUCAAGCCAUUCGAUUUGGAAUCAUGGUGGGGCAGACGUUUGUUCCAGAAUAUCACAAAAAAUCUGUGAAUCAAUUUUUAAGAAAAAAAAAAACUCACAAUAAUCAUUAACAAAAAUUAGCGCAAUAUUAUCUAUGUAUGUAAAUCAUCCUUAACGGCAUCUCAUCUCUUUUUUUUUAAUAAAAAUUAUUGUAAUAACAAAGAAAAGAAAUUAAAAAUGAAAAAAAAAAUACAAAUAAAGCGCAGCGAUUAAGAAACCGAAGACGACGAUAAAAACGAUGAAUAAAAAAUGCAAAAUUAAAUAAAAAACAUUCUGUUUUAGUGUAUAAGUAAAAUUAAAUAAAAAAAAUAAAGAAAAACAAGAAAAAAAAUAAUAAAUAAAUUGGUUAAAAGACAGAAAUAUGCUAAAAAUUGUUAUGAAAUUUAUGAGAUUUAAACUAAAGCCAGACAUAAAGAAACACAAAAUUAAAAUUAAGAAAGAAAAAAAAAAACUAGGCUCGCAAAAUAA